UGAUAGUAGUACGUUCCCAUUCAUGUUAGGUUAUAGUUAUCAGGGUUAUCAACAAGGCGGUCAUGGUUAGUAGACUGUCUAGAAUCUAUUGGCCUGUGUCUGUAGUUCCUAAAGAUGCUGUUGUUAAAAACCAGGAUAUUACCUCCAGGAGUCAAAAGCUUUUGCUAGAAUUGGGCCUGAUCAAGUCUGCCGGCAAUGGGACAUUCUGCAUUCUUCCAAUUGCAGAAAGAGCAAUGAGUAAUUGCGCGAAGUUGGUUGAUAAACAUAUGCAGUCUGUUGGCGCACAAAAAAUAGUACUGCCUUCAUUGACAUCGUCUCAUCUCUGGGAAAAGUCUGGUAGACUGAAGGAUUGCUGCGGCGAAUUGCUAAUAACUAAAGAUCAUCAAGGGAAGGAACAUGUCCUGGGACCGACUCAUGAGGAAGCAAUCACAUCACUUGUUGCACAGUCUUCGCCAAUUUCCUAUAAACAGUUGCCAUUGAAAUUAUAUCAGAUAGGGCUGAAAUUUCGAGAUGAACUCAAACCACGAUUCGGUCUUAUACGAACUAAGGAAUUUUUAAUGAAAGAUCUUUAUAGUUUUGACGUUGGCUUGGAUGAAGCGAAAGUUACAUACGAUGAAAUUGAUUCAGCGUAUAAAGCUCUCUUCACAGAAUUAGGCAUACCAUGGAAAAAAGUACGAGCCAGUACAGGUAUGAUGGGCGGUCACCUGUCAAACGAGUAUCAUAUUCCUUCCCAUAUUGGCGAGGAUACAAUAAUCUUCUGCGAGAAAUGUGACUUUGCCUCAAACUGUGAGGAAUAUGAUGAUCUUAAACAAUGCCCCGUUUGUGUGAAUUCCGAUUUAAGGAAAGAGAAAAGUAUUGAGAUUGCGCAUACAUUCUUACUAGGUCACAAAUACUCAAAAGCUUUGGGUGCUACAUUUUUACAAUCGAACGGUAAACCUAAAAACAUAUUCAUGGGAUGUUAUGGGAUUGGAAUUAGCAGAUUAAUCGGCGCCACAUUAGAAGCUUUAUCCACGGAAAACGCAUUACGAUGGCCACUAGCCCUAGCUCCUUAUAAAAUUUGUGUUAUUCCUGCAAAGAGCGGCAGCAAGGAGGAGGCAAAGUCAGAUGUUUGGGUGGAGAAGUUAUGUGCCGAACUGUGUAGAAUGUUUGAUAGUGAUCAGAUUUUGUUGGAUGAUAGAAACAACCUAACGAUCGGGAAAAGGCUCAUGGAAAAUAAAAGGAUGGGAUAUCCAGUGAUAAUCGUUGCGGGAUCAAAGAUUUUAGAGUCUGACGCUAAGUUUGAAAUGCAUUUACAGUUAGAGAAUUCGUCCCAAGAGUUGAUAUUCACGGACCUUAUUAAUGAAAUAGGAAAGUACUUUCAUUCUAAACAGACAGAGGAAGAGUUCCAUGAAAAAGUAUAAAGUGAAAAAAAAUUCUACAAUUGUUAAGCAUAAAUUUAUUUGUCAAUAAAAUUUUCAAAAUAA